GUGAACUGUCCCUUUAAUGAUUUAAGAGUGUAAUAUCAAAAUAAGGUCUUAAAGAUUGUAUGAUUGUGAGGAGAUACUUUAUUCUGGGUUAGUUAGGACAGUUACAGCCUGGGGAUAGUUGAUUACUAAAAUGUCGUUCUUCCCUCCAGAUUCACCGAGCCUCACUCCUCCUGCAGCAGGAGGAGAUGGAGGUGGUAGGGAUGGCGAGCAGGCAGAGGGAGCUCAGGGCGACCAGCCGCUCGUCCGUGAGCUUUGGUUCAUCGUAGUGAUGGCAGCCGUGGCUUUGCUGCUGCUGGCCAUCGUGUUGGGCGUCAUGCUCCAUAAGGCCCUGAACAAACCUCCCUUCACCAGAGAGAGGCCCCCGCUGGUGGCCCUGCCCAUGCAGAAGAGGAGCCCCAUGGCUGUUUACCCACCCAGCAACUCUGUUCUAGUGAGUGUGACUUUUAUUUUAUAAUCACUCUUCACUACAUCAGAUAUAAGCCUGUAUAAAUGUGUGACUAAUUACAAGUGAGCACACAGUGCUACGGCCCCUCAAGUGGAACACCUAACUGGAAUGCAGCCAUCACUAACAGUACUAAUUACUGACAUGGAAAUGAUAAAACACAGUAUCUGCUGUGACCGUGAAAACGACCUAUGUAGAAUAUGACAUUUUCAAUCAUAAAGAACGCUCUUUUUGAGCUGUAUUUAGUUAAAUAUAAAAUUAACUCAUCCUGUUAAAUUUGCACUGUAGCUAUACUGACCAUUUUAAAGGAUUUUGAAACAAGAAUCAGGGGUCUAAGUUCUCAAUAACAUUUUUAUGACACCAUAUUAUGACAUUUUUUGACAUGUGAAACUUUAACUAUUU